AAUUCGUAGUAAAAAAGGAGACUGACAGGCGGCCAUAUUGUUUUUGUCACCAGACCAGGGAGUGUAACAGAAUCAUAACUGACUCAGUGAAAACAGAUCUUUAGUUUCUGAUUCGAGAUUUGAGGCAUGAUGGCGAGGUCGAACGUCCGUUACGAAGUGCUCCCUUCUGAAGAACAAAAUGUUCCAGCAGAACCAGUUGCAAUGGCAAUGGUUAUUCCUCCUCCAGGCUACUCUGAGACUGCUGUAGUGGAACAACAAGGAGACACACCUGCCUAUGGACCGGCAAAACUGCCUAACUACGUGGAUGCCACCACCUUACCAACCUACGAGGAGGCUGAGAGAACCAAAGUGGAACAGGAAGCUGCAGCGGCUGCUUCUCACUCUGACUGUGAGGGGGGACGGCUGACAAGUCUGGACGGGGCAGCUGAGAUUGCUAUUGGCACAGAUGGAAUGUUUAUUUGCACCUUUCUGAUCUCGUUUCUGUUCAACUGGCUAGGGUUCCUGCUCUCCCUGUGUGUCUCCAACACGGUUGCUGGCCGGUGCGGAGCUCUGUCUGGCCUGGGGCUCUCCAUCGUCAAGUGGGUCGCGAUAGCUAAGCACAACAACUGGGGCAGUAACUUAGCAGAUGCAGACUCGUGGCUGUGGUGGCUCCUUGUCCUCUGUGGUUUCCUCCUGUUUGUGCGCGGCUCUGUGCAGUAUGUGCGCGUCAAGUACGAGUGGUCUCGUCUGAGCGGACAAAUCAGGCACUUCCGCCUGAUCUAGGCUGUGGCGACAUGGUGACCGCUCCGUGCUGCGUGGAUGUGUGUUGCCUGUUUGUCAUAACCACAAAGGCUGUGCUUUACAUUUCUUGCGAAAUCUUUCACCUUGAUGAGACAAAUUGUUGGUGGCGAUGUACAGAAUGAUGAUGAUGGUGAUGAUUAUAAUGCCAUAAUUCCUCGUUAUAGUUUUACGUAUGGCUAAUUCUGUCUUAACAUACUCAAGGUCAAGUUUUUCAAUGCUAUCAUGUAAUUAUUGUUCUAGUAAUUUUUUAAAACACUUGUGACCUCUUCAUUUUCGUGUAGCUGUCAACAAAGUCCUUCUCGUUAUGAGGUUUCAUGAAUCUUUAUUUUAACAGUGUCGCUGACCACAGUAUUGAUUGUUCAAUUUAAUUAUUUUUUUCUCCUAAUUAUGCCUUUUCCUCUGGCUCCCCUAUCUCCUCUCCAUCCCCUCGUAUGUCCUCUCCCCUCCUCCAUCCUACCCUUCCCUUCUUAUGUGUGGUUGUGUCCUUGUCCACGGUGUUGCACUGAUUGAAAGGUGCUUUUGUUUUCUACAGAAAUACCUGAACUUACAUGCCAUGAUUUUCUUCCUCUUGUGAUAUAUCUGUGCUUCAGAACUAUUAUUAGUGUUCUCUGAUUUUUAUGGCAACAAGAACAACGUCGUAUUCGCAUUGUGCACAUAGCUUGAAGACUCAAAUUGUUUUAAUUGGGUGAGGUAUUUAGAAUGUGGGUUGCUGCUCGGUACACAGUGCGAUGCCCUCUUGGGUCUCCCUGGAAGAUAUUAUAAAGAGAUUAAAAUAAAAGAAGAGUCGGUUUGUCAUGAAUGCUAUUGAGUAAAGAGUAGGUCACAUGUCCGGAACUUUUUAUUUUGGUUUCAUUGUUGUUUAUUUCAUUAUAAUAUAAUAAUGCAGAUUUUUACCUAUUGGUGGCACAAUAGGUCAGUACUUUUUGUUUUCUCACAUUAUUGUCCAGAACAUGUUUGAUGUACUUGUUUUUUGUUUUGUUUUUUCACUUUUUGAAAUUGAUUAAUUUCUCAGUCCUUUUAGAAGUGAAAUUCUGUUUUUAGAAAAACUCGACAAACUUCUUCAAUUUGAGUGUAGUACAUAAGAAAAUUUAUGCGUUUGACUGGCUGGUUCCAAAGUAUAAUUUAGUCGUUCAAAAGUUCUAGAACAUGUUAAAAAUACGCGUUUUAUUACAUACCUAUCGGUCUAGCCGGCAAAACAAAAUCAUACAGCUUCACUACCCUGUCCAUAUGUCUAACUGAAGUACAGCAGUGGAUCUGUCAAUGUAGAAUACUGAAGUAAAAAUUUAGAGAAUUGAAAGUGAUUA